AUGACUUCUCCUGCACUAUUGCUUUUACUUUCGAUCGCAUUGCUUUUUCACAUUUUAGGAACCAUCAAACUUUCAAAUGAUUUAAAUAAUUUACCUUCUCUCCUCUCUUCCUAUAAUCAUCCAAUUAUUCAAAAAUUGUUAGAAUGGAGAAAACGAAAUGAAAAUUCCGAAACCUUGUUGUCUUUGCAGCAAGAGGAUGUGACAGCUGUCAAAUGUUCCAUGCAAUUUGUCAUUUUUUCUAAAUCUUGGUUUUUGAAUAGUGUGCAACGUUCACCUUCUCAACAACAAUUAUUGAUCAAAACUUUGAAGAGUAUCGUGCGAUUACGAAAUUUACGAAUAUUUAAUCCUUGCAUUUGGGUGGUUCAAGACAAGAAAAAAAAUACGAAAAAUGAUGAAAUUUUGAAAAAACAUUUCCAUCAAGAAUUAGGCCGGAUAACAGUUACAAAUUCUCUUCAACCAUUGAAAAUAGAAUUUUCGAAAAUUGAAUUGAAACCAAAUUUAAGGUCUUCUACGUCAACAUUAAUCUAUCUUGUUGAAGAAGGAUUUGAAUUUUGUGAAAAUGUUCUCCAUCAUUUAAUGAAUAUUGCAAAUGAAUUUAAAGCAAAGAAACAGAAAAAACAAAUCAUAUUUCGAGCUUCAACAGGAAUUGUGAAUGGUUUGAUUUUUCAUGAAAACAUCAUGAGUGAAUUUUUGGACAAAUUCAUGAAAUCAUCCAUUAAGAAGAAGCCAAUAUUGAAUGAGUUAUUAGUGAUGGAUUUUUUGAAAAAGAGAGAUUUGUACAUGUAUCGAUGGCAACUCAUGUCUAACUCUGAGGUAACACUCUCAAAGAAUUUUGCUGUUUCUGCUGUCAAGACUCAACCUCAAUGCCAUGAAACUCUGAUCGAUCCAACUUCAAUAUUUUCGUUUGAUUUAGAUCAUUGUACACACUCGAAUUUCUCGCCAUGCCAACGGAAAACUUUUAACAGUGACAAAAACGGUGAAUUUGUUCAUGACACUGCUCAGGAAGAGAUUUUCCCUGCCACUUCCAAAUUGAGUCUGUCACAACUUCAACAAGCGGAAUCUGUGUUGUCACAAGCUGGCUCGAGUUGUGAUAAAGCAUGUAAAAAGAAGGGCAUGAAAUGCAAUUCAGAUUAUUUCCCUUACAUUAAUAGAUGUGAUGAAUUUAAGCAAUUCCAUCACUUGAAGUGUGAGUGUGUGCGAGAGGUGGAAGCGUCCUCUCGGUCGCCCUAUUUCAAUCAAGACCAAUGUGUGAUUGCUCUUAGAAGAUCAAUGUUCAGAUGUGACUCAAACCCCAAAAGUACGACCGAGAGAAGGUUAUGUCCUUGCUCUCCAAAAUAA